AUGUGUGUUGUUCUUGUUCUUGUUGCUGUUGCUGUUGGUGUUGUUGUCAAGCCACAGGACAAUUCAACUCGUCCAGAGAGUCCGGCAGCUGUCCACUUUCAUACAGCCACAGGCUGCAUCGUAAUCGUGUGGCCUGGUCCAAUUGACCACUUGCCCUACAGCCCCGCAACACCCAAAUUGCAUGUCCAAACUUUACGCUUCUUUCGACUUCUUUCGUCUGAGAAGGUUGGUGCGCAAGCUGUAUCGAAACACGCAUGCAAUCCUCAGGCCUCGAUCAGACGCUAUUUUUUUCAGAGGAAUUCUUUCUUUCGUCAAGUCCUGCUGGCCCUAGCUCCUUCUAACGACUCUGCAAGCCGAUCUACCGACUGA